GCCUCGUUUGGGAAAUAUUGGUCAUCCAAUCAUUUCUACUCGUUGAGUCACAUGACGACAAUAAUAGCUGUCUAGCAAUUAGAGGUUACACGUACAAAGGCUUAACUACGGGAUUACUUUGAAAUAGACCGUAAAUAUUAGUCAAAUUUGUGGAAAACUUAACCAGGUCUUGAAUCAAAAGUUAUAAAACUGGAUAAUUAAUCAAGCAACAAAACUAAGUCAUAUAAAAAAAACUAAAAAAAUACAUUUUCCUAAAAUGGAACAAAACAACCCGAACUUGCCUCCUGUCACAUUCUGUAGGUCAGGAUGUGGUUUUUAUGGUAACGAGUCAUUUGAGGGCAUGUGCUCAAAGUGUUUCCGUGAUCAGCUGAAGCGAAAGCAACAGAGUUCGAGUCCCGUGAGCCCAGCGGGCCGUGCGAGUCCAGGUGCCAGCGCAGGUGAGGACGUUGCUAGUGUGAGCCAGUCCCUGAGUAAAACUAACCUAGGCACCACGUUUCCCGUGCAGGAGACUGGUUCAAGCUCCAGCUCCAACACCUCUGUUGCCAGUGGCAGCACCAUCCCCAGCGUGGAGACGGCCACGCCCACCAUCCCCGUAUCCCCUAGCAACGGGGGCAAGGAGGAGGGCGCAACAGCGAGUGCGGCGCCCAGUGACAAUAGUCCUGAGAGUGGUAAAGAUAAGAAGAAACGCAACAGAUGUAACCUGUGCAAGAAGAAGGUUGGACUCACUGGUUUUGAGUGCCGGUGCGGAGGCAUGUUCUGCAGUUUACAUCGCUACUCCGACAAACAUGACUGCACCUUUAACUACCGCGAACAUGCACAGGAACAGAUUAGAAAAAACAAUCCAGUCAUUGUUGGCGAAAAAAUACAGAAGAUUUAAACAUGCUUGAUUAGUUAAAAUUUUGCCACAAUAAUUUUUGAAUAAUUAUCAGUUAUUUUCUGUAUAUUUUUUUGCUCCUUUUCUUUGUUUUACCAAUAAUAUGAUAACUAGAUAGCAACAUUGGAAUAUAAACUCAAUGUUGUUUUUUUGUUGUUUGUUGGGUUUUUGAGUGAUAUGUUUUCUGUUUUAUAAAAAAUACCAUAACAUUUGUUAUAAAUGCACCCUGAUACAGAAAGUAUACAGUGUAGAUAAUUACCAGAUAAAUGUUUUACUAAGUCUAAGGGAACUGUCUGGUGAAUAAUUUCACUGGGUUAAAAAGACUCUCAUGUAACGUAUAUGCUCUUUCUAAAUUACUUUUCUAAUAAAAACAGACACUUUCAGAAGACUAAUUGGUCAUAAUAGAUUUGGCAAUAUGUGAGAGCAGAAUGCAUUUAUAAUGGACUUUUUGGUAUUAGUAUUUGUCCAUGAAAAAAAGAGUUGAUUUCAAAAGAGGGGCCAUAGCUUUAUGAAAGAGAGAGGCUCUAGUUUUAGGGGACACUCUAGGUCACCACAGGAGGAAAUGUAGACCUGGAAAUGUAGAGUAUUCAAAUAUUGUAAGAGUCUUAGAAAUUUUGCGAAGUCUGUCCAAUGACUUGGGAGUUCGAUUAAAAUACAGUGUGUAGUGUGACCUGACCCAUAUUGGUGUGUAGCCUUCUAUUAGGACACUGUGAUCGAAGUACAGAAGUCAUGAAAAGAUAAUUAAAGAAAGAAUUUUGCCUGUGUAUGUCAUGGCCUCAGAAUAAAUCUUCUACAGUGUAUUUAUAGAUUAAUAAUGGAGAAAACAUUGGUUGGUUUAUUAUUGCUGUCCAAGGGUGAUGUUAUAAUGCAGUGGAGAUUUCGUAAUCAUAUUUUGAGGUGCAGUGAAUUAUUGACACUUGUACAAACAUUGAAUUUAACCUUGAUGUUCACCUAUCCUGCUUCUCAUUGUUUUAUUAACACCUGUAACAGAGUUAUUUGUUAAGUUCUAUACCUGCACUCAUAACUUAUCGUACAGUAAAUUACAUCAUUCAUGGGUUAUCUUACACUAAAUUACAUUAUUCACGGGUUAUCUUACACCAAAUUACAGCAUUCAUGGGUUAUCUCACACUAAAUUACAUCAUUCGUGGGUUAUCUUACACUAAAUUACAUCAUUCAUGGGUUAUCUUACACUAAAUUACAUUAUUCAUAGGUUAUCUUACACUAAAUUACAUUAUUUAUCAUAGAUAUAAUUCCACUGCAAAAAAGUUUAUAUUGUACCAGAAGUGUUUUCACAUACACUUUUUUGAGGUUAUUGUUUGAGCUUUUUUUUUAAAGAUCCCAAACAUUUCUGGUAGAUAUUAUAUAAUCUUAUUUGUUACCCUUGACUGGCAAUUAUUGAUAUUCAACUCACAUCAUGCGAAAAUGGGUCUUAUAUGUUAUAUACUGCCAGCAUAACUCUGAAGAGCCAGCACAUCUGCAAAGGGUAGUCUGUGUCUACACUUGCUGCUAAAGGCAUAUGACCCCUUUUUGCAUGACACAGGUAGUAUGUUUGCAUACUUCUAAGCAAUUUAAUUUUAAACAAUGUGGAUAUAUGAAUUAAAUAAGGACUGUUUACAUGUUUUAAGAAAUAGUUUUUAUAAUUGGGCAUUUCUGUUUAAGCAUUUUAGUUAUAUGUAAAAUGUUGAGGUAACUUUGGCUCUUUCUAUUUUUGAAAAUUUCAUUAAAUGUUCAUAUGGUCAUAUUUCUCAGAAGUGAUUUUCCUAAGUAGAUGAAGUAUUAUGGGUUAAAUGAUCUAUUACAAUGUCUAAUUGUAGGGCUAUUUAAUAUCCGUAUUUCAUAAAUUGUACUUCACAUUGUAAAAAGUACAUGUACAAAUGUUUCAAGCAAUAUACCAAUCUGUUAACACUAGUAAGGGUAUGCAGCACUUGAAAGUGGUUAACUACACCAGCCAAGUUUUGUUUUAUUUUUGGUCUGUUUUAAAGACUAGUAUUUUUAUGAACAUGCACUAAUUAUUGCCAAACAUAAUUAUGUGCACACACAGUCUGUAUUUAUACUCCAUCCACAACACUGACAAUUCUAUUAUCUUGCAAAAGUUUUAUUGUGCUACAUGUUACAACUCUUAAUUGACUACUAUCACUUAAUUAUAGUGUGUAUAGGUGUUGUUUCCACCAAAUGUUAGCUUAAAUGGAAAGUACUUGUACAAUUUUUUGAAUGCUAAGCUAUCACAAGAUCUUUGCUCUCAGAUGGUUUAAUUAGGCUGUCUAUUUAUUUAAACUGAUGAUUGAAACUACAAUUUCUCUUAGUUUAAUCUGAAAAUGAGAUUUUUGGGGAAUUUUAUACUGUGUAAUAGAAACUGCAAUGUUUAUGUUUCUAACGUAUUGUUGAUGUUCAAUGAAUUCCAAAUGUGAAACUUUGUUAUGCUGUAAGGACUGUAUUUCUGCCACAUUUUAUGUAAUGUCUAUCAAAUGGAAUACUUGUCAGGAUUUCCACUGCUUGUCGCGUGCACCAUCUGUUAUAAACUAUGGCAAUAUUUAAUCGAUAGCUUGUUAGCCACUGCUGGCAAAAUUUGGCGAUUGUAGUUUUUAUUGACACUGUUUUAGUAUGGUUGUUGGUUUUGGGUUUUGUAGCUGUGUUGGCUGUGAAUAAAGUAAGCCAUCAGAGCACUAAUCAUCAGUGAUACACUAUAUAAGUAGGUCUCACCCCGACCUCAUCUGUUUUUAGAAGCAGUUGUUCACAGCCCGAGUUUUAGUCUGAAGUAUAUACGCAGUUAUUUCCCUUUAAAGAUUUACAAAUUUCUCUCCCUUAAGAAAUUGAUACACAGUCGCUUCCCUUGUUCUAUGUUCACAGUUACUUCCAUGUUUGCGUUUAGAAAAGGAACUGUAGUUCAAGGUUUAAAGCUGAACAUUAACAAGUGCUUUAUGAACGUUUCAUGUUGAUGAAAUUAUUAUAUAAAUGGAAGUACCUUAAACUUUUUCAAGAUCACUUUAACCCUGUCUAGUUUGUGUUUAGCACCAGUUAUAGAUAUUUUCUGAGCUAAAGAUUUGCCUUCUCUUAAUAAGUGUUUAGCAAAUUUCUUAAAAUGUUCAGAGCUGAAAAUCAGCUGCAAUUACACUUUGUUUUGAGUGUGUGUGUUAUAUUUUAUAAAGCAACAAACAUUGAUGUUUGUAAGUUAGUUGAAAUCACAGAAACAAUACAUUUUGUAGUGAUUUAAUAAGACUUCUUUUCAUUUGUUUUUUUUCCACAUUGUUGAAGAGACUUAGCAGUCAGGUUUGAUUUGGUUGCUUUGAACUUAUGUUCACUUAAGGAUAGGUAGACAGUUUUGUUUUAUAUGUAAUUUAUAGAGGGAUAUAUAUUUUUUAUGUUGUAAACAGAAGUGUGUAUACUAUUGUAAAAAUGCACAUGUUGAAAGCACUAACAGUUUCUGUGAAAUAGUGUUGGCUUUCUCCUUAACACGAGCUAAUAAAAAGGUGUGUAACCCUGUCUUUAUUGAGAGGGGUCUACUAGGCAAUAGAAAUUAUUGUUACAAAAUAUUUGGUUACUGAACCCAUGAAAAAGUCGCUUACAAAGCAGUUUGGUCUGUUUAUAUAUGUUAUUGGGACAUUUUUUUAUGUUUAAAAAAAUCUACAUGCAAUAUGAUUUGCUGAUAUUUAUGUUAAAGGAAAUAUUUGUUUUUGAGUCAUGAAAGAUCUGGUGGAUAAAACUCUGGGCUUUUAUUUAAAAUGCCCUGAUAUGCACACAAUCUUUAUUAAUAUUCCAUAACCUUAAACAGAUGUCUGCAUUUGUAUGCAAACAAGUGAAAGAAAUUCACCAAUAGUGUUAGCACUUUGUUUUGUUGAUUUCAGCGUUUGACUGAUGAUAAAGUCGAACCUGAAUGCAGGUAUUGAUGAGUGUGUGUAUGUGUGUGUAUGGAAUCCCCUUGUGUUAUUUUCGUUGAUAUUUUAUUUGCAAUUCAUUAUAAACAUAUAGUAUAUGCUUUUACUAUAGUCAAGAAUAGUACAUGGGAUAUGAAGCAUAAACAGUGAUAUGGGAGCAGCUUAAAGCCACAGUUUAACGGUAAAUUUUGAGGCAUAUUAAUAGUACAAGCAAAAUGGAUAUUAUUUCGGAAUCAUACGAAGUAAUAUGCAAAAUGUUAACAUUGGACCUUUAAAUUCAAUGUAUACAAAGCAUUGGGCUAUUGGUUGUAUAUAGCGAAAGAAUUAUGUCGAUAUCUCCAAGGUCAAGGUCACACUUUGAGUUCAACGAUCAUUAAUGAGCUUGUCCGGACCAUGACUAUGUCAUUCAUUGUAAGAUUUUAAAAUCAUUUGGCACAUUUGUUCACCAUCAUUGGACGGUGUGUUGCGCGAAAGAAUUACGUCGAUAUCUCUAAGGUCAAGGUCGCACUUAUAGUUCAUAGGUCAAAAAUGGCCAUAAAUGACCUUGUCCGGGCAAUACCUAUGUUGUUCAUUGAUAGAUUUUAAAAUUAUUGGCACAUUUGUUCACCAUCAUUGGACGGUGUGUCGCGCGAAAGAAUUAAGUCGAUAUCUCCAAGGUCAAGGUCACACUUUGAGUUCAAAGGUCAAAAAUGGCCAUAAAUGAGCUUGUUCGGGCCAUAACUAUGUCGUUCAUUGUGAGAUUUAAAAAUGACUCUGUACAUUAAUUUGGUUCACAGUCAUUGGACGGCGUGUCAUGUGAAAGAACUCAAGAGUUCAAAGGUCAGAAUGGCAAAUUGGCUAUAAAUGAUAAUGGAGUAAUAAUUCUUAAAAAUCGCCACAAAUUAGAUUCUCUUGUUUUGUGAAGACAGGAUGAAAAGUAGUCUGUGUCAAUGCGGCAUGUGGGGGUAUACGUCACGUCUGUGACAAGGCUCUUGUUUAUGUAUGGUUUCAGAUUGAACAAAAUAUAUUGCAUAUAAAUGUUUUACAACGUUUUUAUAUGUUUAAUAUUGCUACCUUAGAAGAAAAGGUAUAAAUGAAAGAUUUAAACUUUUAUAACCGGUAUACCGGUACGCUGCACAUGGAGGUUAAUGUAAAAUAAGCUGUAUAUAAACGCUGAUAAAGUGAAACGUGUUGUAUGGGUUAUUAUGCACUCUUCUUUGUGUGAACAGGAAGAAAAUGCGCUGGAAAUUUAAGUAAAGUUUAUAACAUACUCGUAGUAGCAUGAUUUACUGAUAGAAGCAAAAACGGUGUAACCCCACACUGUCUAUGUAUCAUACCUCUCAUGCAUUACGCGUUAUUCCUCUAUACUAUUCUUGUGUAUGUCCAUUAUUUAAUAUCUUUGCCGCAUAUGUUUGUUAACACGUUGGCUAGAAUUCAUAAAUAAAAUUUGGCCAUUUUUA